AGCAGACAACGCGACGGCACUUAGCUAGUGAAUCGCGUUGAGCUUUUACACCCCUGGGGCAUAUUUGGAUCUAUCAUUACUCUUAAUGAUAAUUACCUCAGAAACCUUCUUCCUAAACAACCUCUUACUGCAAGCUCACUGAAAUACCCAAAUCUCAAAGCAUCCUCUUCAAAUUCAAUACAGCCCCUCACGGUCUAGCCAAAAUGAGUGAAGAAGCGCACAAGUUAGAAGGAAACUGAGGAGCAAAGCAAAGGAGGAGAAGCAAUGGCAAUGAAAAGCAGCACUGCAACAAAAUCUCUGUUUCUCACUUUCACUCUCCUCUCCCUUCUCUCCCUUUCUCUCUUCAUCUUCUUUUUCUUCACUUCCCCUACUACUCAACCUGCAACUUCCCUUUCCCAAACUACCCUCCCUUCCUUCCAGAACUCCAUCAAAGUGUACGUAGCCAACCUUCCCAGAUCCCUUAACUUUGGCUUACUCGAACAAUACUGGGCUUCCAAUCACCCCGAUUCUCGAAUCCCCGCGGACCCGGACCAUCAGAUCCCAGGUACCCAUUUCACCAAAUCCACCAAAUACCCUCCUUAUCCUGAGAAUCCAUUGAUCAAACAAUACAGUGCGGAGUACUGGAUCCUUGGUGAUUUGGAAACCCCUGGAGAGCUAAGAACUGGAUCUUUUGCUAAAAGGGUUUUUGAUGUUAGUGAGGCUAAUGUUGUUUUUGUUCCUUUUUUUGCUACCCUGAGUGCCGAGAUGGAGUUGGGAUCGGGAAGCGGUGCGUUUAAGAAGAAAGCUGGAAAUCGAGAUUACUCCAGGCAAAAGGAAGUGGUGGAUUUUGUGAGGAAAACUGAGGCUUGGAAACGGUCUGGAGGACGGGAUCAUGUUUUCGUUCUCACUGACCCAGUUGCAAUGUGGCAUUUCAGAGCAGAGAUAGCCCCAGCUAUUUUACUGGUUGUGGAUUUUGGUGGGUGGUUUAGGCUUGAUACUAAAUCAUCCAAUGGUAACUCAUCAGACGUGAUACAUCACACCCAAGUUUCAUUGCUUAAAGACGUGAUUGUUCCAUAUACCCAUCUGCUUCCUAGGCUGCAGUUGUCAGAAAACAAGAAACGACAAACCCUCCUUUAUUUUAAGGGAGCUAAACACAGGCACCGGGGAGGCCUAGUUCGAGAAAAAUUAUGGGACUUGUUGGUUAACGAACCAGGAGUUAUUAUGGAAGAAGGGUUCCCUAAUGCCACUGGAAGAGAGCAGUCAAUUAAGGGGAUGAGAUCAUCAGAGUUCUGCUUGCACCCAGCUGGUGAUACUCCCACUUCAUGCCGACUUUUUGAUGCCAUCCAAAGUCUUUGUAUUCCCGUGAUUGUCAGCGACAAUAUUGAGCUCCCCUUUGAAGGGAUGGUGGAUUACUCAACAUUUUCAGUUUUUGUGGCAGUAAGUGAUGCUUUGAGACCAAAUUGGCUUGUUGCUCAUCUUAGAAGUUUUGCUGAAAAACGUAGGGAUGAAUUCCGUCAGAAUAUGGCUAAGGUGCAGCCUAUUUUUGUGUAUGAUAAUGGCCAUCCGGGUGGCAUUGGGCCAAUUCCUUCUGAUGGUGCUGUAAAUCACAUUUGGAAAAAGGUUCAGCAAAAAUUGCCAGCGAUUAAGGAAGCCAUUGUUCGAGAGAAAAGACAACCAGUGGGUAUAUCUAUUCCAGUUCGAUGCCAUUGUACCUGAAUGCACGAUUCUUUUCUUCUUUUUUGGCACUUGAUUCUUUUUCAACUUGCAUAAGGCUAUGGUUGUUUGACACAAUGAAAAGUUCAAAACUAUAAAUUAUAAUGAAAUUGUUAUAGAGCCAAGUCAUA